CGUACUCCUCUCUCGUGGGCUGUGGGCUAUGGCAGACCAGAUCUAGUUGAGCUAUUGCUGCAAAACGGGGCCAACGCGAAUUCCAGGGCCGCAUCAGGACGUACCCCGCUCUCAUACGCUGUCGAGCAGGGCGAUGAAUCAGUUUUCCGCUUCCUCCUUCACCAGAAAGACGUGGACCCCGACUCAAAGAGCCACUUCUCGCAGACACCACUCUUCCGCGCAGCCAUUGCCGGCCACAGCGCCAUUAUCAACCUUUUGCUAGAACAUGGAGCAGACCCGGAUGCAGGGCGGGCGACAAUAUAUUGUUUGCUGACGAAUCAAUUAUCGCAUAUUCGUCAAUAUUUGCUGACAAAUCUACGAUAUUCGGGCUCCCAAUAG